AAUGACACAUUCGGAAACCCAAUCUGUCACAAACACUCUCACUUGCAGCUCCCCGAGAGAUCGAAGUCAUCGGAUGCAUGGCGUGCAGCAUUAAUAUAACUCUCCGGUGCUCCACCGAUACGCCGCGUUUUGGUGACACAUGUCAUCUCCAGUUUCAAUCCCCAAACCCUCGCUCUCCUCUCCUCCUUAAACUCUUUCCCUCCUCUAUCAGUCAUCACCCCAAAAAGAUCUCGUAUUCGUGUACUCGGCGCCGUAGCUUUGUUACUGUGAAGUCGCACAUGGCCACGGAAGAGAAGCCGAUUUCCGAGGAUCGAAUGCUUGUAUUUGUGCCACCGCAUCCGUUGAUUAAGCACUGGGUUUCAGUUUUGAGAAAUGAACAAACUCCUUCUCCCAUUUUCAGGAAUGCAAUGGCUGAGUUGGGAAGGCUACUUAUUUAUGAAGCUUCUAGGGAUUGGUUGCCUACUGUCACAGGGGAAAUUCAGUCGCCUAUGGGUGUUGCCUCAGUUGAAUUUGUUGACCCAAGAGAGCCUGUAGCGGUUGUUCCAAUUCUGAGAGCUGGUCUUGCUCUUGCUGAGCAUGCAACAUCAAUCUUGCCUGCGACAAAAACAUUCCAUCUAGGUAUAAGCAGAGAUGAAGAGACACUUCAGCCGACAAUAUAUCUGAAUAAGUUGCCAGAAAAGUUUCCGGAGGGCUCACGAGUUUUUGUAGUAGAUCCUAUGCUUGCAACAGGUGGAACGAUUGUGGCCUCUGUCAACCUGUUAAAAGAACGUGGAGUUGAAAACAAGCAAAUUAGAGUGAUAUCUGCUGUGGCUGCUCCUCCAGCCCUUCAAAAGCUCAGUGAGAAGUUUCCUGGGCUUUAUGUCUACACUGGAAUCAUCGAUCCUACUGUCAAUGACAAAGGAUUUAUAGUACCUGGACUUGGAGAUGCAGGAGAUCGUAGCUUUGGUACAUAAGAGAUCAUCUGAAGUGGCAGAUAAAAUUUAUCACCCGAUUGUGGGUGCAUCCAAUUCUUAAUUCCUGGUUGUUAUCCAUUGCAAUUUUGAUUUAUUGAGCCUUUGAACAAUUCUGAAAACAUUCUUGGGUUUUUACUUGCGUCCAUUGGGUGACUGGCUUUAUAGCUUUGCUUGCUUCAAAGCAUGACCAGAAGCAGAACCUUCUGGAUUGUGUAAAUUAGUUGU